AUGUAUAUCCCCAAGGCUUACAAAGAAGAAGACUGGCAACAGGUGGAGUUUCUCAUCAAGAAGUACCCAUUGGCUACCGUAGUUACAUACACUGAAGACGAAGGAGUCAUCGCCAACCAUUUUCCAUUCUUUUUGAAAGUAGACGAAUCCACAGGUAAAAAGUAUCUCCAUGCUCAUAUUGCUAAGGUUAACCCACAGAUUCCAUCUUUAAAGAAAGCCGAUUCCGUAUUGGUGAUCUUCCAAUCUGCCAACACUUACGUAACACCUAGCUACUAUCCUACAAAGAAGGAAACUCACAAGUUUGUACCUACAUGGGACUUUGCUAGUGUUCAUAUUAAGGGUCAGGCUGAGGUGUUAGACGACUUUGACUUUAUCAGAACGCAAAUCACCAACCUCACCAACCAGCAGGAAGACGGAAGAGAAGAUCCCUGGAAGGUAGAAGAUGCCCCAGAAAAGUACUUGUCUUUGAAACAGAAAGCUAUCAUUGGAUUGAAAAUAGAAAUCACUGGCUAUGACGCAAAGUACAAGUUUGAACAGGGUAUGAGCAAGAAGGAUAUUGGUGGAGUUAUUGAUGGUUUGGCUAAGGAUGGUUUGGAUGAGCUUUCGGAGUUGACGAAGACUUCCAAUGAUAGAUACGAUACUAAGAAAGCUGCUAAGUCUGGUUGA